CGUUGGUUUGUUGUUGUGUUGUGGGGGGUUGAGCCCCGCCGGCGGCUCGAGCUUAUUUAGGAUGCUUCGCUGCCUUUCUGUGUGUUUAUAUCUCUCGGGAGCAGCGGGGUGAAUGGCGUAGGACAGACAGGGUGGUUUUCCAGGCGCCGGUCAUCAUUAUUUCAGGGUUUGGGCAGGGAUGGACCCGCGGGUGUCCGAGCUCUUCGGGGCCGCUGCUGCAGCACAAAAGUCCGGCGGCAGAAAAACCGCCAAAAAUGGAAGCAAAAAGUUCAAAACCCGGUCAGCCCGAUAUCCAAAAGCCAGCAAUAACCCGCCUUAUCUACCUCCAGAGGCUGAAGAGGGAAACAUUGAGUACAAGCUGAAGCUGGUGAACCCCACGCAGUACCGCUUCGAGCACCUGGCCACGCAGAUGAAGUGGCGCUUACAGGAGGGCCGCGGCGAGGCGGUGUAUCAGAUCGGGGUGGAGGACAACGGGCUGCUGGUGGGCCUGACAGAGGAGGACAUGAAGGCCUCUCUCAAAACACUGCGCAGGAUGGCUGAGAAGGUGGGUGCAGACAUCACAGUUCUCAGAGAGAGGGAGGUGGAUCACGACUCUGACGAGCCACACAGAAUAGCCGAGGUGCUCGUCAGGAAAGUGCCAGAUGACCAGCAGUUCUUGGACCUGCGGGUAGCAGUGCUGGGUAACGUGGACUCAGGGAAGUCCACUCUGCUUGGUGUGCUUACACAAGGAGAGCUGGACAACGGGAGAGGGAGAGCGCGACUCAACCUCUUCAGACACCUUCAUGAAAUCCAGACCGGACGAACCUCGAGUAUCAGCAUUGAGAUCCUGGGCUUCGACAGCAGAGGAGAGGUGGUGAACUACAGUGAGUCCCGAACGGCGGAGGAAAUCUGCGAGAUUGCCUCAAAAAUGAUCACCUUCAUAGACCUGGCAGGCCACCACAAAUAUCUCAAGACCACCAUCUUUGGCUUGACCAGCUACUGUCCAGACUUUGCCAUGCUCGUGGUCAGCGCCAACACCGGCAUCGCGGGGACGACGCGAGAGCACCUGGGUCUGGCCAUGGCGCUGAAGGUGCCCAUCUUCAUUGUGGUGAGUAAAGUGGACCUGUGCACCAAAGGCACCGUGGAGCGCACCGUCCGACAGCUGGAGCGCAUCCUCAAGCAGCCGGGCUGCAACAAGGUGCCCAUGCUGGUGUCCUCCACAGACGACGCCGUCACUGCCGCCCAGAAGUUUGCACAGUCACCCAGCAUCACCCCCAUCUUCACCCUGUCCAGUGUAUCAGGGGAGAGUCUGGAUUUGCUGAAGGUCUUCUUUAAUAUUCUGCCUCCCCUCAGCAACAGCAAGGAGCAGGAGGAGCUCAUGCAGCAGCUCACCGAGUUUCAGAUUGAUGAGAUCUACACGGUGCCGGAUGUGGGGACAGUAGUUGGUGGGACUCUGUACAGUGGGAUCUGCCGCGAGGGCGAGCAGCUGGUGGUGGGACCCACAGACGCUGGGCAGUUUCGGGAGCUGGCGGUGUGCAGUAUCCAGAGGAAUCGCUCCGGGUGCAGGGUGCUGAGAGCCGGUCAGGCCGCUACUCUGGCGCUGGGAGAUUUCGACCGCUCACUAUUACGAAAGGGCAUGGUGAUGGUCAGUCCAGAGAUGAACCCCACUAUCUGCUGGCGCUUUGAGGCUGAGAUCGUUUUACUCUUCCAUGCCAAAACUUUCCACAAGGGCUUCCAGGUGACGGUGCACGUGGGCAACGUUAGACAGACGGCCACAGUUGAGGCUCUGCAGGGAAAGGAUGAGCUGCGCACCGGUGAGAAAGCAGGGGUCCGGUUCAAGUUCAUCAAACACCCGGAGUACCUGAAGGUGGGCGCCAAGCUGCUCUUCAGAGAGGGAGCAACCAAAGGCAUCGGCCAGGUCACCAAACUACAGCCCGCGGCGUCCCAGUACCAGCAGCAGCCCUGAUGCGGCGGCACCCAUCCGGCUCCUCACGCUCUCCAAACACAGCCUGAACAAGCAGCUCUUCUCACCGGAUCGCCUUCCUCGUAUCAUAGACUCAGAUCUCCACUCGCAGUGUAAAUGUCUUUUAACUCUGUUUACAGUCAUCCAAACAGCUGUGUGUUGUUAGCAUUCAGACGGUACUGAAUAACACUUGUGCGGCCUUUAUAAUGACCGAAUCCUCCAGCCAUUAUUCACUAACCAAAGGACAGAGAUUGUGAAUUUAAAGACACCGUUUUUUCUUUAGGUAGUUGAUCCUUUUUAUUACCGAUAAUCUCGUGGCAGCUACAGUUGUGAGAGUGUGCAGUCAUCGCUCUGCUGUACCAAACGCCAGAACCCGACCUCCACGUCUCUGAUGUCUUUUUUAUUUAUUUUAGUGUUUUGUAAAGAGGUUUUUUACUCCUCAUCAAGCUUUAACAGUACACCGUGUGUUCUGCGCUCUUUCACCAUCGCUGCUUCUGAGCGCAUCAGAAGUGCCUCUGCCUCGUGUCUGCCUGCACUCCAGUGCUUUAGUAGCUCAGGAAAGCAUUACAUUCACACAGCACUAAUUAUGCAAAGCAGUCCUUUAGUCCUGCUCUCUGUCGCCUUUUCUCUCUUAGGUCUCUAAGCUGCAGUGACUAGUAUAGUGUGCUACUUUUAGAGGCCUCAGUGUUUCUCUGAACACUUGGUUUGGUGCUAAUGCUGUCGAUUGGCUUGUUUUUAGUUGUUGAACCGGGCUCUGUUAGCUAGUUCUGGCCUCAGCGCUGUCCUGUAACCACCGCAUGCAUGUUUGUCUCGGUACUGAAUCACAUAUCAGGACACACGCUGUGUGUGACGUUAAUGCUCAAGUUUCUACUGUAUCACUGUUCUGUGUGCAAUUUUAGAAGAAAAAAAAUGUAUUGAACCAAA